GAGUCAUUUUAAAGAUUCGUUCAAAAUGAACGAAUCGUUCACGAACUACAGAUCACAAGUAGACCGUGGACCGUGAGUAGACUGUAGACUGCAAAUCCAUAGUAACACUACAAUCACCGAGAGAGCACGCAUCAUCCUGAAGUUUUCGAGAGAGUGACAGAAAGACAUAUGCGUGUGUAAGAUGAAGCUGGCCUGAUAAACAACCUGAAGACAGUCUACACCACACUGUAAGUUUUUAUUAUCUUUCACCCCAUCCCCACACCUGCCCUCUCUGGUGGAGACUAUGAUGUGUGAGGCCGACUUGAAGAGAUGCCUGCAGCUGUGUAUGUCCUUAUUACUGGUGGCCAGACUGCAGGGUAGGGUGGUAGCUCCACCCCAGUUGGAGGCUCCAGUCGAGCAGCCCUUCACCCUGACCUGCAGUGUGUCCGGGGUCCGGGGUGAUGCUGUGAGGCAGGUCCGCUGGCUGGAUGUUAAGAACCAAACACUGCUGUCCCAUCAGCCGGGCCAGGUUGACAGCGUGAGCGGGCAGCAGCAUGUGCAGCUGGCCCGCUCCACCAAGGACUCCUCCGCCAUCACCAUCCGCAGGGUGGGCUUCAGGGAUGAGGGCUGCUACACAUGCAUCUUUGACCUGCAUCCAGUCGGAUCCGAGGAGGGACGCACCUGCCUCACCGUCACCUCUCGUCUCACAUCUGAGGGUAACAAGACAGCAGUGAGUGGCAAACAGGCGUCGCUUUCUUGCUCCUACGGCCUGCCUGAAAAGGUCCAGCAAGUUCUGUGGAAGAGGACAGUCGAGCAAGGGGACUCAGGUGAAAUAGCCUCUUACGCCAAGCGCAGCGACCCAAUGAUCGAGCCCCCCUUCCAGGGCAGGGUCUGGCUCAGCGCCUCCCUGUCCAACAGCCAGCUCACCCUCCAGCCUGUCAGCACCCAGGACGAGGGCUGCUAUACCUGCCAGUACCACACCUACCCUGAGGGGACUAAGACCGCAACUUCCUGCCUCUCUGUCUAUGUGCUGCCCAAGCCCCAUGUGAGCUACAAGACAGUGUCUCCGGGGGUGAUCGAGGCCAACUGCACCUCCCAAUCCCGCCCUCCUGCAGAGAUUGUAUGGAACGUGGAGAGAGACAACCGCACCAUCGGGCCCCCUGUAACAUCCCAACUGGCCCAAGGGGACGGGACAACCCUGGUCAUCAGCACUCUCACCGUCCAAACAGGGCUCCUGAAGGAUGUCUCCAUCAAAUGCCUGGUCCAUCAUAAGGGCUUAGAGUCUCCUAUCGCUGUAUCUAUGAAUACCAAGAUUGGGACAGCUCUCACUAUCCUUAUCUCAGUUACAACAGUUGCAGCUCUGCUGGUUAUGAGCCUCUGCUUCUGCCUCUGGAAGUGUUUCCUACGCAAAGAGGACUGAGUUGUCUUUUGAGACAAUGUUUGAAAUAGGUAGAGGUGGUGAUUACAUGAACCAAUCAACUUUAGCUUUAUCAACUG